AUGAAUGCCCCUAGAAGAUCAAAUUUUCGUGGAAGAUUUUUCAGGGGAAGGUUUAAUUCAAAAAGUAAAUUGGCAGCUGACUCAGGUAGUAAAAGGAAACCAUUUCAACCAAGAUCUCCACGUACAUGGAACUCAUCUGAAGCUGGAUUCUCUCAGCAAACUGAUUCUUUGGAAAUUGAAUCUAUAAAUAGUGGAUUUCUUAAUCAAAAAGCCUUACCACUUGCACCAUACGAAAAGAAUUGUCCUUAUCCUGGUUGGUUGUUAUAUUUUCCAACACGGUUAUAUGAAAAGUCGUCAAAAGCUGCAGUAUACUCGAAGAUUAUGCUUGAUUUCCUUACUGAUUUAAUAGAAAAAUCUGGAUAUAACCUGUUGCCUAAUUCUUAUGGAAUAGACACUUUACCAAAUCUUGUUGGACAUACUAUGGAUUGGAUGAAGAUUGAAGCACAGGGAGCUGUUCUUAUUGAUUAUUCAACACUUAUGCAUGCUAAAUUAUUACAAGAUAAACUUGAUAUGAAUAAAUGUUUUAGUGAUAAUAUGUCAUCAGGCGGUGUAGAAUGCGCUGAACACUGUGAGAUUAUAUUACAUUCACUUGGUUUAGCUUUGCACACACUGUGUUAUCGUGCAGCGUAUAAGCAAGACUCUAUACCUGAUGUUUUUAAAGUUAAAAGUGAAUCAAAUGAAAUAAACCAACGUUUACCUGCUUAUAUUGCUGCUCGUAUUGUAAACCAUUCACCGAUUACACCGUUACGUAAAUUACGUGCUCAUCAUUUAGGACAAUUUAUUUCUGUGAAAGGAAUUGUUGUACGUCUUGGUCCGGUUGAACCAGUUUGCCAUCGUCUAGUUUUUGAAUGUUGUCGUUGUGAAGGUAAACAAGUUCUGAUAUUACCAGAAAAUGGGAGUUAUGCUGUACCAAGUAAAUGUCCGACAAAAGAUUGUCGAUCAAGAAGUUUUGAACCACUAUUGAAUCAUCCAGAUACACUGACAGUAGAUACUCAGAUAAUUACAAUUCAAGAAGCAUCUGAUAGCCAUGAAACAGAUGGACAUCAUCAUGAGUCUACAUCAUCAUCUAGUGUUACAUCAAUUGGUCGAAGCUCGCGAUGUUUGGCUUGUCGAUUACAGCGUGAUUUAAUUGAUUCAUGUAUUCCGGGAGAUGUUUUACACUUAACUGGUUUAAUUGGUCUCAUUAGCACUGAUGGUUUAGGCGCGUCAUCAUCAUCUUCCAGUGCAUAUACAUCAUCUUGGUCAAGUCGUCGAGGCACAACAAUGUUUAGUUUAAUACUGAAUGUGAAUAGUUCAAUUUGUUUAAGUGGUGGCAGUGGCAAUCGUUGUAAUAGUGGAAGAGACAGCGGUGGUCAACUAGGCAUGAAUGAUAAUCAACGACUGCUUAUUUUAUCGACGAAUGAAACAGGACCUACGGAUAAUGAUAUCACUAAUGAUGUAGAUAUUGGCAGAGUAAUAUCCAGCCUAGAUAGUGAAUUUUCAGUGAAAGAUUUAUAUGCUAUUCGUGAAAUUAGUGAACAACCAAAUCUGUUUCGUUUAUUAGUUUGUUCAUUAUGCCCUAGUAUAUGUGGUCGUGGCCUAAUUAAAGCUGGCCUAUUAUUAGCUUUGUUCGGAGGUACACAAACAACUGGAAUUAAUGGUAAACGUCGUCGUAAUGGUGGUAGAAAAAAUCGUCAUUCAACUAGCAUUACUGAUACUACUACAACUACUGCUAAUGAUUGUGACACUGAUCUUAAACAGCAUAAGAGGCGAAAAACCGAUCCCCAGGAUGAAGAUGAUUCUGUAUCGUAUAGAAUUGGAUUCACUUUUAGUGAAGAUUCAAAUGAUGAUGAUAAGUCCAAGGAUUCAUCACUUGUGGAAGAAGAUGACCAUAAAGAUGAAGAAGCAGAAGAAGAGGAUAGUUGUAUGAAUAAAUCAGAUAUGGAUAUACCAUUAUCAAAUUAUUCGGAAUUGGAUAGUGAAUCAGCUAUGAUCCGUCGAUCUUCUUCACAUGUACUGAUUGUAGGCGAUCCUGGUCUAGGUAAAAGUCAAUUACUUCGUGCUGCUGCAAGUUUAGCACCAAGAGUUCUAUAUGUAUGCGGGAAUACUGCAACAGCUGCUGGUCUAACUGUUAGCACUAUUCGUGAAGGUAGUAACAGUGGUGGAGGAUUCGGUCUAGAAGCAGGCGCAUUAGUUUUAGCAGACCAGGGUUGUUGUUGUAUUGAUGAAUUCGAUAAAUUAACAUGUGAUCCAGCUGUACUACUUGAAGCUAUGGAACAGCAAUCAGUUAGCGUGGCACGUGGUGGACUGGUGGCGAAUUUGCCAGCUCGUGCAGCUGUUCUAGCUGCCGCUAAUCCUGUCAGUGGGCAUUAUGAUAUUACACGAAGAUUAGAUGAAAAUCUACGUAUACCACCAGCUUUACUAUCAAGAUUUGAUUUAAUCUUUGUGCUAUUGGAUCAUCCAGAUGAAGUUGCUGAUCGUUUAUUAUCAGAGCAUGUUACAGCAGUUCAUACAGGAAAUUGGAAACCUUCUAGUUUUGUUUGUUCCCAAACUAAUCGACAAAUCAACGAGACAUUUAGUCAUGAUGAUAUAAAUACCAACAGUCAUAAUAAUAAUAAUAACAAUCAUAGUGUUGUUGUAAAAGAAUUCGAUCCAAGUAUACCAUUAGCUCAAAGAUUAGAGUUGCUUGUUGGCGAAAAGAUUGAUUAUAUUCCUGCAGUAUUAUUACGGAAAUAUAUUAUGUAUUCUAGAAAAUAUGUAAUGCCAUGUCUUUCAACAGAAGCUGCUGUGACUCUACGGGAUUUUUAUUUAGAAUUACGUAAACAUCGUCAUAGUCGUGAUACAUUUCCAGUGACAUUACGACAGCUAGAAUCAUUAAUUCGAUUAACACAAGCAAGAGCUAGAGCUGAAUUACGUGAAGAAGCAACUAAACAGGAUGCAUUAGAUGUUUGUGAAUUAAUGAGAUCUACUGGUUUGGGAAGUGGAUUUGUUACUGGUACACCAGCUAAUGCAAGUUUAAGUGAAAUAAACAAUUUGAUCAGUAUACCUUCAAAACGUAUCAAUUCAUCAUCAACUGGUCCAGCAGCUGCCAAACGUUUAUUAGCUGCACUUGAGACUGCUUCACAACGUACAAACAGUCGACUGUUUACAAUGCCAGAGAUAAAUACAAUUGCAAAUGAUAUUCGUGUAGCUGCUAACUGUGUAAUGACAUUAUUAGAUAGGUUGAAUGAAUCUGGAGCAAUUAUUAAACGUGGUGCCAACCUCUACAAACUUGUCUAA